CGAAAAAGAAAAAAAAGUUAUGGUCUUGAGCAAGUUUUUACAAACAGCUGCAAUUACACAACUUAUACAGCAGUACAGUCUUGUAUAUACAUAAACCUGCUGGUGUAGAAGAAAGCUGGGAAUGGUGUCCUGGUUAGUCCGGCUGUUUUUUUUAAACUUUAAUAAGAAUACUAGUUAUCGCUAGCUUAAUUUAAUAGUAUGCUAUUUGUAGCUCAGAUGAAAAACACGGUAACUUAUCGUUUAUUUCAGCAUUAAAUUCUACUGUUGCGUGGGUGAAACACUACAAAGACAGUUUAGAAUAGAAAUAUAUAUCAACAGGUGUCUGAACUGCAUCAUAUGUGUCAGUACGUUUUUUGUCUUUUAAUGGAAAUAAAUCCGUUGUAGCUCUCUUGCUAGCUUAGCUGAGUUUUAGUUAACUUUGUUUCAGGCUACUUUAAGGGAUCGUCCUCCAACUUGUAGACGCCAGCAGAGGGAGUGUUAAACAUGGUGGUUCCCUUACUGCGCCACUUUAAGUGAAAUGGGAAGCCUUGAAACCUCCAUGUUUGUAUCUUGAAAUUGCGAGCGGAGUUGAGCACCAUAUUGAAUCAAAGUUGCCAACUCCUUGACAAAUGUUUUAUAAGUUUCUAACUUUAACCUGUAGUGAGUAUCUGAGCGGACAACUCCAGCCGACGUGGAAUGGACGCGCUGUAGGAGACUUAGUGCGAUGUUUCCCCUUGCGCUCCAGCUUUGUUUUCCUACAUGUUAAGUUGGUUUAAUGCGGCACCGAGUCAGCGAAUAAAGUCUAACUUUUUAAGUGUGAGGUCAGCACUCUGGACCAGACCUGGAUGUGAUGGACAAUCCGUCCUCAGUAAUCACCCAAGUAAGCCGGGAUGAAGAGGGAAAUAAAGCCACGGGAGAAAGGGGUUCGUCCCCCUCUCUGUCUUCGAAGAAGCCCAGGAGCAGAGGCCUCUUCUCCAGCCUUUUCUGCUGCCUGUGUCGGGACCAGCCUGAACCGCCUCCAGUCAACAACAAUGCUCCCCUGCUGGUGGAGGAGAACGGAACCAUCUCCAAGAUCCAGGUGAAGCCACUGCUGCCUCCAGUGAAGUCAAAAGACUCUGGGAAGAUCUGUGUGGUUAUAGAUCUGGAUGAGACAUUAGUUCACAGCUCUUUUAAGCCUGUGAACAACGCAGAUUUCAUCAUUCCUGUAGAAAUAGAUGGAACAGUACACCAGGUGUAUGUCCUGAAGCGGCCCCAUGUCGAUGAGUUCCUGAAGAGGAUGGGAGAGCUGUUUGAGUGUGUCCUGUUCACUGCCAGUUUAGCCAAGUACGCCGACCCCGUCUCCGAUCUCCUGGACAAGUGGGGUGCUUUCCGCUGCCGCCUCUUCAGGGAGUCCUGCGUCUUCCACCGGGGAAAUUACGUCAAGGACCUGAGUCGCCUGGGUCGUGACCUCAACAAGGUCAUCAUAGUGGACAACUCCCCUGCCUCCUACAUCUUCCACCCUGACAACGCAGUGCCUGUGGCUUCGUGGUUUGAUGACAUGUCCGACACCGAGCUGCUGGACCUCAUCCCAUUCUUUGAGAGGCUGAGCAAAGUGGACAACGUCUACACGGUCCUCAAGCACCAAGGGACUGCCAGCUAACAGUGUUUCCACUUCUCAUCUCAGCCCUGAACAAAAAAAAAUUAAUUAGUAACGGCGGACAAAAUGGAAAAUGCACAGCAGCGAGGUUCCGGCACAGGCUCCAGCUAUCACUGCCCACCAAGGACAUGGACUGCUUCACAGCCGACAGAGCCUCUUCACCUUCCCAGUAUGAAAACCUCCAUGAGCCUGCAGAACUCGGAUCACCUCCAGGAGCCUCCGGUGAUGGUGUUUGUUGGCGCCACCUCCUGGUCAAACCAAUAACUGCCUGAGAAUCUUCUAACUCUCCUACCAAUCUAUCUACCUACCAUGAAACCAGCUGAAGUGAGUGAACAGAUGAAAGGACAGAUGGAUAAAUCCCCUGGACACAGACUGGGUACUGGACCUCUGGAUUGAGUAGAGUCUGUUUCUGCAAAGCCAAUGCACGCUUUGGUGAGCAGGACUGAGAGGGUUUCUGGAGAGGGUUUACAUGCAAAUAAACUUGAUUAGCCUUGUUUUUGAAAGAACAGGUGGAGACAAAGUACUGUGGGCGUCUGAGAAAUGUUUUAGAGUAGCAUUGAAGUUAGCAUACACCUUCAAGGGUUACUUCAGAUUAUUUGAAAUCAGGUUGUAUGAGGUACUUAAGCCUAGUCAGAUGGUGGAGACAAACAGGAGCGCUAACAGUACUAACAUAGGAUCUGAGCAUUAUAUCAGCAUGGAUGGGGGCAGCAGCAAACUUUACUUUUUUUUUCUGAUGGCUAAAAUGUAACGUCGGUAUCAGUAUGUUAUCAGGUUUCUGGGGGAACUGAAUUAAUUAAUUAAAGCCAAGCUAAUGCCAACCCAGUCUCUCGGAUAUUACAUUUACAUUACAUACCUAAGUGGCUUAUCCAGUUGUUUUGUUAUAAACACACAUGAAAAGCCUGCAAAAAACAAUCACCGCAUUUAUUUGAUCACAGUCAAAGUAGUAAAAGUAGGCAGUAAAAGUUCUUGUGGUUUCUGUUUACUUUUGUAUUUUCUUUCCCCAGACUAACCAUAAAAUAUAUGUUUAUACGGCUGUUGGUAGAAAUCAAUCAAAAUAUGUUGUGUUAAAGCUCUCCAGGAAAAACACUUUAAAAUUGUGUGCAUUAGAAACAAUGCAGGUGCCUUUACAUUUGUAGAGAAAUGUAUUUGCAUAUUUAAUAGCCCUUUAUUGAUGUGGCCUCAGUACGUUUUGCUGUUGACUCCGCCCACAUCAGUGCAUUCCUUUGCUUCUGCUCCUCCAAACUGACCACCAGGUAAUAAAUCCACAGAUUAUGGAUAAGUACUUCACACAUCCCCACUUCAAAAUGACAAACUAACCCUGUAAUUCUGCCUGUUAUCACACUAUACUGUUGUUUGCAGUCAAAAGAAUGUGAACCUCGGGUGUCAUUUUAGAGAUUUUAGAGCAGUGUCGUCACGUGUUUUUGCUAAAUCAUUACAGUGUUAUGGACAGUGUUGAUCAAACACAUUUUCAGAACCCAAACGGGACAAGUCGAGAUGUUAAAUCCACUAAUAACAAAGUAAUGAAUGAUUGGACAGCACUUUACAAGUAAUCUGUAGCACAGUCAUUUUAGCAAAAUUAGUCACAAAAAAAAAAUCUGCAAUGUGCCUUGUUAUUUGUACUUCGGGGUCAAAAUGAUAGAGGAAAUUUGGAUGCCUUUGUUGAAAAUAUUGAAACAGUAUCACCGUUCAUACAUACAUGACUGCAGUAUCCCCCUCCCCUGACACUAAUGGAAAUAUUCAACCGUCUGCACAUGAUAGGCAAAGAGCAGCUGCUACAUGAGUUUCCAAAGGUGGCACAAAGAGUGAUGGACAGCCAACGUGUAACAUUAGCUGUGGGUCAACACAUGAUUCUGAUCCCAGAGACUAGAGGACCACAAUGCACUUCUAAUCCCACCUGGAAAUUGUGAGAAGGUUGCACCAGAUCUGUGGCUUCCCUGAAGAAGAUGAUGGUCGGCUGCUCUUGGGUGUUAAAGCCACAAAUGAAACUUGAAUUCUUCAAAAACUGCGUUCUAAGAUGGCAAAUGGAUGUGGCACGGUGUAAAAACAAGUUACAGUUUUGUUCUCAUAAGCCUUAAAGUUUUUUGUUUUGUUUUGUUUUGCUCUCAAAACGGUACACAUAGGCUGGAAACUAUUUCAGGACUUUGUAAUAAAAAGGUGUGUGGUGGAGAGAGCUGCCAUGAGGUGAUGAAGCAAGAGAAGAUUUAAUUCAGUCCAGAUUUAAAGGAGAAAUCCACCCUGACACUCAUCAAUACUUGUAAUAAACAGCCACCGGUGAGCAGCUUUUGGGUCCAUUUGUUAGGUGGCUGAUGGUUCUGUUCUUUUGGAUUGAACAUAAGAGUAUCAAAAUAUUGUAUACAGUUGUAAAAUAUGAGCCAGAGGUGUUUUCUGCAGCUAAAAAAUGACCUGAAAUAGUUGCAUUACUGUAUUUUAGUGCCACUGUCACUACAUGAUCCAUACUAGAAGGCCAGUGCAUGUGCAAAAACACUCCAAGUCACAGCCUUUUUUCUAACUUUAAUCAAAAUUUUUCUUUUGGUUUUCCUAUUGAUGAAACUGAAAAUUCCAUGUUUUUCUUGUCUAACAUGAUAAUAAUGCAACGUUAAUUAAAUAAACUGUGGUUCCAAGCAGCUAAUAGAGCUGUUUUUGCACCGUUUUAGACUGACUGUGCUACACUUGUCUUGUUGUUACUUAUUUAAUAAGAUUUAACCUAAAAUGUAAAAGAAAUAGGAAAACAUGUGAAUCUUCAAUUUCAUCAUAGUAAAAUGUAAUUGAAAACAUAAUUUCAUCUAGAACACCUAUAGUUUCUAAAUGUUGGAGACAUGAAGUAUAUUUGCACAUGUGUAAGAACAAAUUUGCCCCAAUGCAUUCUGGGUAAUAUAGGAAGCCACCAACAAAAGCAGACAUUCAUUUAAAAACAUGGCCUAAAACCUGGGAUGAUGUGAGGGUGUAUUUCUCCUUAUUUAAAACCCACUGAGCCCAGAGGGAGUGUUACACAUGACUUUUUUUUUUUUUUUCUAUUUCGCUCUGCAGAGUGAUUUUAUGUUCAAUUCUCUCCCUCACAAGCGUUGACAAUACCUUUGACAGUGAUGAAUGAACACGUGGAUUUGACGUAGGCUCGUGAUGAGACAGAGUGGAUAGUAAAAAAAGAAAAUAAAUCCACCGUAUUAAAAGCUAUAACAUUAUUUUUCUAUGUUUAACAAAUUGUUGUCAAUCAAAUUAGCAUGAUCCUUUUCUAAAUAAUUACUGAUAUAAUUUCUUUUUUGACAGGAGUGGUUCUGUGAUUUGAUUUAUUUACUGUUUUUUUUUGUUUUGUCACUAGACAUGGUUGGUGUCUUCAUAUUUUGUUGGAUCGCAAACACCAGCAGAUGACUGAGAGGAUAGUAUCUACUGACGUGAACACAUGCUAUGGUAAAUGUUUCACGUGUGUCACCAUUACAUGCCUUAAAUCUGUUGGUUUUGGAAAUCCACGUGUCAAAAACAUAUUUAUAGGAAAUCGUUGUGUCAAUUCUUUGCAUUUUAAAACCAAUGUGUCACUAUGGGGCCCAUUUGCUGAUACUGUACUUCUUACACAUUCAGUAGAUAUGUAUAUUUUGUUUUGCACAGUAAUAAAGCAAACAAAUUUCAUUAAUAUAUGGAAUAUUCAUGUUACUGUACUCAUGAUUGAAUAGCUGUAACCUAAUUUUUUUUUGACCUGUUGUUUAUCAUACCAAAUUAUAUAUGGACUUUAUGUAAUAAUGCCAUUUUUUCCUUCAUAAAAGCUAAAUGAAAGUUGA